AUGCCUUGCAAAGAUUGUUGUAAAGAUUGUAAGUGCACCAGUGCUAAGUGUGGUGACUCUUGUGGUUGUUCUGAAGCCUGCAAAUGUGCUUGCAAAUCUGGAGCUGAAGGAAAAUGCUGCAAGUGAAAUCAACUUUAGGCUAGAAUAAGUUUUGGAAAAUAAAAAAUCAUCAAAGUAUUUUAAUGCAAGAAACUUAAUAAAUGGAAAUUUCUUUUCAAUAAGUUGAA